AUGGGAGUCAGACAGCUUGACACAUUUAUGAAACGUCAUGUAGAGAAUGGAUUUGCUUCAGUUGACAUUCACGUAGAAUGUAUGAAAUUUGAGAGAUCACAUGGAAAGAAACCAGUGCUUGUCAUAGACUUAUUGGGAUUUAUAAGUUUAAUUAUCGAAGAUAAAGGUCAAAUGUUAUGUGGUGGAAGACAUCAAAUGUAUGAAGAAAACCUCGAACAAAUUUUGAAAGAACUAUCGAAACAUGCCGAUCUUGUAUUCUUUGAAGACAAGCUUCCACCGGAAGAGAAAAAAGAAACCAUCUUGAAACGUGAUCAAGAAAAAGACGAGACGAUAACUGAAAUAAUUAAGAGAGUAAAAUCUCAUACGCUUUUAUCUGAUAUCUUAGUAGAGAUGGGAGAUUGGAAGAUUACACGAACUUUGUCACACUACGAUAUGGUAAAAAUUCUUGCUAAACGUCAUGGAUUGAUAAAAUUUGCAUUGACAAAAGACUGCGAUGCAGAAAUCGCUCAAUAUGCUAAUGAUAAUCCUGCUGUACUUGCUGUCAUUGCAAAUGAUUCAGAUUUUCUCAUUUUUCUUGGUCGCUGGCGAUAUUUUUCCAUUUCUGAUAUAAAAUUAAAUCCACUGAGAACAAAAGAAUACAACAAGAAAGCUUUGAGAAAUACUCUCCGUUUAAACGAUCAACAGUUGACGAUCUUAUCGUCACUUAGUGGAAAUGACGUCAUUCGUUUUCCUGAAGUAGAAAAAUUCUUGAAAACGAAUUUAGGUGAAAGGAUUAAAGCUAACAGGAAAUUCGAUUUUCUAGGAUAUUUUAUUCAUGCUCUACCAAAAGAUCUUAAUUCUGCUAUUGAAGUGAUUGCUAAAAAGGUUUUUAAUUCAGAUUCGAAGGAAGUUUUGGAACACAUCAAAGACUCGAUCAAUCAAUACGAUACUAUUUUUGAAUCGAAGAAGCUGACAGAUCCUCUGGAAAAGCUUUGUGUUGAUAAACAAUUUGGUUUUACUAUCGAUGUUUUGAAAAAGUUUGUCAGAAAAUUCUUUCCAUAUUAUUGCGAUAUUACAAAACCGUCAACUCUAAUGAAUGUUAUAAUGGAAGUCAUCUUAAAGGCCGUUGGAAUUAUUAAUUUUGAUGAAAAAGAUGAUCCAGAAAAAUUUUCUUAUUACGGAAAGAAAACUGAUUGUACAGGCAUACAACAAUACUCCGAUUUUCCAAUAUUUCCCAGUUUCAACUUACCACCAUUGAUGGAAUUAUUAGAAAGAGAAAAAUAUCCAAAUCAUAAACAAAUUCGCUUCCAGCUUCUGAAAUGGCUGAUAAACGAAAAGAAACUUGAAAAAUAUGAUUUGAAUUUCGUGCCAAAACGAUUUGUUCACGACAUCUUAACGCUUGUGUUUAUGACUUCGAAUGGUUUCAUCACAACAACACAAGCAGACAUCAUUUUAUUAACGAUUUAUAAUGUGGAACAAAAAGUAACUCCAAGAGAGUUUCGACUUCCUGUUGUCAUCAAUGAAAACGCUUUUCAGAUUGCACAUCUUUAUAACUUUUCUUAUGGACUCAUCAAUAAAUGCUUCGAAGUGACAGGUCUUCUGGAUUCAAUGAGUAAGAUUUUAAACUUUGACGGUGUUGCUUUUCACGAGUUGUAUUUGAAAAAUGAGUCAGGAAUGGCUCUCAAAUCUCUUCCUGUUGAACUUCGCAAAUGGCAGAAUGGAUUUGCUUCAGUUGACAUUCACGAAGAAUGUACGAAAUUUGAGAGAUCACAUGGAAAGAAACCAGUGCUUGUCAUAGAUUUAUUGGGUUUACUUGGCCCAAUUGUCGAAGAUAAAGGACAAAUGUUAUGUGGUGGAAGACAUCAAAUGUAUGAAGAAAACCUAGAAGAAAUUUUGAACGAACUAUCAAAGUAUGCCAAUCUUGUAUUCUUUGAAGACAAGCUUCCACCGGAAGAGAAAAAAGAAACCAUCUUGAAACGUGAUCAAGAAAAAGACGAGAGAAUAACUGAAAUAAUUAAAAGAGUAAAAUCUCAUACGCCUUUAUCUGAUAUCUUAGUAGAGUCGGGAGAUUGGAUGAUUACACGAACUCUUUCACACUACGAUAUGGUAAAAGCUCUUGCUAAACGUCAUGGAUUGAUGAAAUAUGCAUUGACAAAAGACUGCGAUGCAGAAAUCGCUCAAUAUGCUAAUAAUAAUCCUGCUGUACUUGCUGUCAUUGCAAAUGAUUCAGAUUUUCUCAUUUUUCCUGGUCGCUGGCGAUAUUUUUCCAAUUCUGAGAUAAAAUUAAAUCCACUGAGAACAAAGGAAUAUAACAAGAAAGCGUUGAGAAAUACUCUCCGUUUAAACGAUCAACAGUUGACGAUCUUGUCGUCACUUAGUGGAAAUGACGUCCUUCGUUAUCCUGAAGUAGAAAAAUUCUUGAAAACGAAUUUAGGUGAAUGGAUUAAACCUAAACCGAAAUUCUUUUUCCUCAGAAAUUUUAUUCACGCUCUACCAAGAGAUCUUGAUUCUGCUAUCAAAGAAAUUGCUGAAAAGGUUUUUAAUUCAGGUUCGAAGAAAUUUUUGGAACACAUCAAAGACUCGAUCAAUCAAUACGAUACAUUUUUUGAAACGAAGAAGCUGACAGAUCCUCUGGAAAAGCAAUGUGUUGAUAAACAAUUCAAUUUUAUCAUCGAUGUUUUGAAAAAGUUUGAUAGAAAAUUCUUUCCAUAUUAUUGCGACAUUACAAGACCUUCAAAUUCAAUUAACAUUAUAAUGGAAGUCAUCUUAAAGGCCGUUGGAAUUAUUAAUUUUGAUGAAAAAGAUGAUCCAGAAAAAUUUUCUUAUUACGGAAAGAAAAUUCAUUCUGAGGACAUUCAACAACACUUCGAUUUUCCAAUAUUUCCCAGUUUCAACUUACCACCAUUAAUGGAAUUAUUAGAAGGAGAAAAAUAUCCAAAUCAUAAACAAAUUCGCUUCCAGCUUCUGAAAUGGCUGAUCAACGAAAAGAAACUUGAAAAAUAUGAUUUGAAUUUAGUGCCAAAACGAUUUGUUCACGACAUCUUAACGCUUGUGUUUAUGACUUCGAAUGGUUUCAUCACAACAACACAAGCAGACAUCAUUUUAUUAACGGUUUAUAAUGUCGAACAAAAAGUAACUCCAAAAGAGCUUCGACUUCCUGUUAUCAUCAAUGAAAACGCUUUUCAGAUUGCACAUCUUUAUAACUUUUCUUAUGGACUCAUCAAUAAAUGCUUCGAAGUGACAGGUCUUCUGGAUUCAAUGAGUAAGAUUUUAAACUUUGACGGUGUUGCUUUUCACGAGUUGUAUUUGAAAAAUGAGUCAGGAAUGGCUCUCAAAUCUCUUCCUGUUGAACUUCGCAAAUGGCGUAUUUACCGUUGAAAGAAUCAUCAGAAUUCGCCUUACAUUUUAUUAAACAUUGACUCAAUUCUUUUUAUAACUUUUUCCCAAUAACUGUUAAUUAUUAAAUAUUUGUACACAUGAGUGAGUAAAAGAAUAAAUUAAAGACCUUAAUUGGUCAAAAAAGAGUGCAAAAGACAAUUCAAUUUAAAC